UGAGCGCGGCGGGGCGCGGGGCGGGAGCGCAGGAGCGAGCCGGGGCGCGCAGACCCAAGGAAGGUGUGCGAAUCUGUCCGGACUGCCCAUGAGUGUCAGCAAAUGCCCAGUGGCCCUGAUGUCCCCCGUGGUGGCCCCGGCCCAGGAGCCCAACCCCAUGGGACCCAAGGCGGUAGAGCUGGUCCUGGUCAAGGAGCAGAAUGGGGUGCAGCUCACCACGUCCACCCUCAUCAGCCCUCCCCACACACCGGCACAGCCCCCGGAGAGGGAGACCUGGGGCAAGAAGAUCGACUUCCUGCUCUCGGUCAUCGGCUUCGCCGUGGACCUGGCCAACGUGUGGCGCUUCCCUUACCUGUGCUACAAGAACGGUGGAGGUGCCUUCCUGGUCCCCUACCUGCUCUUCAUGCUCAUCGCGGGCAUGCCGCUGUUCUACAUGGAGCUCGCGCUCGGCCAGUUCAACCGUGAAGGCGCCGCGGGUGUCUGGAAGAUCUGCCCCCUCCUCAAAGGGGUGGGCUUCACUGUCAUCCUCAUCUCGCUCUACGUGGGCUUCUUCUACAACGUCAUCAUCGCCUGGGCGCUGCACUAUCUCUUCUCCUCCUUCACGCUGGAGCUGCCCUGGACCCACUGCAACAACACCUGGAACAGCGCCAACUGCUCCGACGCGCGCGCCAACGCCAGCGACGGCCUCAAUGCCAGCUUCCGGGCCACGCCCGCUGCCGAGUACUUCGAGCGUGCGGUCCUGCACCUGCACCAGAGCCGAGGCAUCGAAGACCUGGGCCUACCCCGGUGGCAGCUCACGGCCUGCCUGGUACUCGUCAUCGUGCUGCUCUACUUCAGCCUGUGGAAGGGCGUGAAGACCUCGGGCAAGGUGGUGUGGGUGACGGCCACCAUGCCCUACAUGGUCCUGUUCGCCCUGCUGCUGCGCGGCAUCACGCUGCCGGGGGCCAUGGACGGCAUCCGGGCCUACCUGAGCGUGGACUUCCACCGGCUCUGCGAGGCUUCCGUGUGGAUCGACGCGGCCACCCAGAUCUGCUUCUCGCUGGGCGUGGGGUUUGGGGUGCUGAUAGCCUUCUCCAGCUACAACAAGUUCACCAACGACUGCUACAGAGAUGCCCUCGUCACCACCUCAGUGAAUUCGCUGACCAGCUUCUCCUCAGGCUUCGUGGUCUUCUCAUUCCUGGGCUACAUGGCCCAGAAGCACGACGUGCCCAUCGGAGACGUGGCCAAGGAUGGCCCUGGGCUCAUCUUCAUCAUCUACCCUGAGGCGCUGGCCACGUUGCCGCUGUCCUCGGCCUGGGCCGUGGUCUUCUUCAUCAUGCUACUCACGCUGGGCAUCGACAGUGCCAUGGGCGGGAUGGAAUCGGUGAUCACCGGGCUGGUGGACGAGUUCCAGCUGCUGCGCCGCCACCGCGAGCUCUUCACGUUGGCUGUCGUCCUUGCCACCUUCCUCCUCUCGCUGCUCUGUGUCACCAACGGCGGCAUCUAUGUCUUCACGCUGCUCGACCACUUCGCAGCAGGCACGUCCAUCCUGUUCGGCGUCCUCAUUGAGGCCAUCGGCGUGGCCUGGUUCUAUGGUGUGCGCCAGUUCAGCGAAGACAUCAAGCAGAUGACGGGGCAGCGGCCCAGCCUCUACUGGCGGCUCUGCUGGAAGUUUGUCAGCCCCUGCUUCCUACUGUUCGUGGUUGUGGUCAGCAUCGUGACCUUCCGGCCCCCACACUACGGGACCUACGUGUUCCCUGACUGGGCCAACAUGCUGGGCUGGACCAUUGCUGCCUCUUCCAUGUCCAUGGUGCCCAUCUACGCCGCCUACAAGCUCUGCAGCCUGCCCGGCUCUGUGCGGGAGAAACUGGCCUGUGCCAUCACGCCCGAGAAGGAGCGGCAGCUGGUGCAGAGCGGGGAGGUGCGCCAGCUCACGCUCCGUCACUGGCUGGUGGUGUGAGUACAGCCGAGGCUCAGCUCGCUGGAGGUGACCAGCCAGACUCACUUCCCGGGACGAGGCCCCACGCGGCACACGCUGCAGGAGAGUCCUCAUCUGUCUGCGUCCUCUUCUGUCCCCUGUCCUACCUCUGUGGCACCUUCCCACAGCUGCCGUCCCCCAAGCACAGGCCCCAUCAGGGAGCUGCUGUCACCAGAAGCCCCACUGCGUAGCUGGGUCUGCAGUGCUUGGGUGUGUGUCCAGGGCAGGUGGAGGGGCCCGGCACCCACCUGCCCUCAGGGCGGACACUCCGAGCACCCCACCGGCUCCUCCUCGUCUCUGAGAAGAACACUGGAUGGGGAGCUGGCCCUGUUCCCUCAUCAGCCCCGUCUCUGGCGCUGCAGGCACAGACCCCCGUGCACCCUCAGCUGCAGAGCUUCUGGGGGCCGUGGGCGGCCUCGGGGGGCUACAGCCCUGGGUCACACCUCACCACAGCGCGGGAGGGACGUCCUGCCGACCCUGAGCCCCGCAGUCCCUGCGCAGGGCUGGGUGGGAACGGGGGGCUGGCCAGGAGGCCGUCCUGUGCAAGGGCUGCAGUGGGCGCGGCGCCCCCCUCCCGGGAGCCGUGCUGCAUGCCCAGCCUGUGUCUUCCCUGUGUCGUCCCCCAUAGUCACUCUGUGCAGGCCUCCC